CAGUGACCGAGCCACGGUCCGGUGAACUAGAGACGCCCACGAGGGGGGCCCUACCCAGGGGAAGCCGGGAUGGCCACAGCCUUGGCAGAAAAGGCCACGUUGAGUCUGAGGAUACUCCCUCCCCUGUUGCUACUCUCCGCAUGGCUCGCCCGGGCCUUCCCAGUCCCCGGGGCAUCCCCAGAAGAGAAAAACGCGCGAGUCGUUCAGGAUUACCUAGAAAAGUUCUACCAGUUACCUCCAAAAGGAUUCCUGUCUGAGAGGCAGAACAGCUCUAGUGUGAUUGUUGAGAAGCUGAAAGAGAUGCAGCGGUUCUUUGGGUUGAACGAGACGGGGAAGCCGGAUCGCGAGACGCUGGAGAUGAUGCAGAAGCCUCGCUGCGGGGUGCCCGACAGUGGAGACUUCAUGUUAACCCCGGGAAACCCCAAGUGGAAACAAAUGAACCUGACCUACAGGAUUAUUAAGUACACGACACAGCUGUCAAAGGCCAAUGUGGAAGAUACUAUUAAGGAAGCCUUUCAAGUGUGGAGCAAAGUGUCACCCCUGACCUUCACCAAGAUCUCUCAGGGAGAAGCAGACAUCAAGAUCGCCUUUGUCCGAAGAGAUCAUGGCGACAAUUCUCCAUUCGAUGGACCCAAUGGGAUCCUCGCUCAUGCCUUUCAGCCGGGCCAAGGUAUUGGAGGAGACGUUCACUUUGAUGCAGAAGAAACAUGGACGUUAACUUCCAGCAAUUACAAUUUGUUUCUUGUUGCCGCCCAUGAAUUUGGCCACUCCUUGGGACUUGCUCACUCCACUGACCCCGGUGCCUUGAUGUAUCCCAACUACGCUUUCCAAGACCCCAGCACCUACAACCUCCCUCAAGAUGACAUCAACGGCAUUCAGACCAUCUAUGGUCCUUCAAACAACCCUGUCCAACCAACCGGACCAAGCACACCCACAGCCUGUGACCCCAGACUGACGUUUGACGCCAUCGUCACCCUCCGUGGAGAAAUACUGUUCUUUAAAGACAAGUACUUCUGGAGGAGACACCCUCAGCUGAGUAUCGUUGAACUCAAUUUCAUCUCUCUAUUCUGGCCAUCUCUGCCCACUGGUAUACAGGCAGCCUAUGAGGAUGUGGACAAGGACCUCGUUUUCCUAUUUAAAGGCUGCCGGUACUGGGCUCUGAGGGGCUAUGACGUUGAGCAAGGUUAUCCCAGGGACAUCUCAGACUACGGCUUCCCAAGAAGUGUCCAAGCGAUUGAUGCAGCUGUUUACUACAGGAGAAAAACCUACUUCUUUGUAAACGACCAAAUCUGGAGAUAUGAUAACCAAAGACAAUCCAUGGAACCAGGUUAUCCCAAAAGCAUAGCAAGUCUCUUUCCAGGAAUAGAAAGCAAAGUUGAUGCAGUUUUCCAGCAAAAUCAUUUCUUCCUUUUCUUCAGUGGACAAACAUAUUAUAAAUUUGAUCUUAGUGCUCACAGGGUUACUAGGAUUGAUAGAAGCAAUCGAUGGCUCAACUGCAGAUAAAGCUGAAGCAAAGUCACACAUAUUUGCAUCCAUUUUCCGCAUGUGGAAGGAAAGUCUAGUUUGCGUAGCCGUUUUCCUGGGUCCUAUUUAUACUUUUCUCAACAAUGAGUAAUGCUGUUUGCUCUCACUGUCCUCAUUGGACCUCCCUUCAGUGAAAAUACAUUUGGAGUAUCCUGUUGUCUCCAGGGCUGAUUGAGUGCCUAUGGAUUCCAUCUCAAGGGAGGAGAUGAAGCCUUCCCUGUCACCUCAGUAUUCACUAUUUCGUCACUUGCUUACCUGACUUCCAAAAUGCUUAUAUACACCUAAAUGUCCUUUAUCUGCUACAUGCCAUUCAGCACUGGGUUUUGGUGAAAUGUAGAAAUGUUUACCAGGAACAGUGUAAACAGUCCCUCUUGCCUUUACUGAAAAUGUAGUACUAUUUUCCACUCUUGGAAAAAAAAUAUUGUUGAUCCAU